UCAUGGUCCUCGUCCUGAUUAUCGGCGACUUACACAUUCCUCACCGCACGCAUGAUCUUCCUGCCAAGUUUAAGAAGCUACUUGUUCCAGGGAAGAUACAACAGAUUCUGUGCACGGGAAACGUUUGUGACCGGGAAACAUAUGAAUGGCUGCGGACGGUUGCUGUAGGUGGCGACGUUGCUGUAGUACGAGGGGACUAUGAUGAGUCGCCCGCCUUUCCCCUUUCGCAUACCGUCGUGCAUCAGGGCUCGCCCAUACGGAUUGGGGUUAUUCACGGCCACCAGUGUAUUCCCGCAGGUGAUCUUGACUCUCUGAAUGCCAUAGCUCGCCAAAUGGACGUCGACGUCCUCGUUAGCGGUCACACUCACACCUUCCAGGCAGUCGAGUAUGACAACCGAUUCUUUGUGAAUCCUGGGUCAGCCACUGGUGCUUGGAAUGGAAAUCAAGACGCACCAACCCCUUCCUUUGCUUUGAUGGACAUUCAGGGCCCCGUCAUCACGACGUAUGUGUAUCAACUUAUCGAGAAUGAAGUACGCGUCGAGAAGGUCGAAUUUCGGAAGGACAACGAUGCACACAAGGAGCUGCCUCGGAAUCCCCCGUCAAUGCCGCAGAACAUUCCCCAGAGCCCCGCAGCUGCUGCUAGUGGAUGGUAAUGCUGAAGCAGGUAGCUCGUGGUGUCCACAUGCACACAUAUACGCAUUGUAAUGAUACCUUUCUGGAACAUGGCAAACUUCGGCCUUAGCACAGGUCAGAAC